AUGCAUUGUGAUGGUGGAGUCAGCAUGAUUCUUCAGAGGCUCUUCAAGUUCUCCUCUCUCAUUAGGUCUGCAGUCUCAGUUCAUUUGAGGAGCAACAUUGGUGUUACUGCAGUGGCAUUUAAUAGGGAACUUGAUCCCGUACAGAAACUCUUCAUGGACAAGAGUAGAGAAUACAGAACUAAGCUACAGGCAUCUGGAGGACCUGCUGAUACUGGCCCAGAGCACCAGCAAGACCUAGAGAGGGAGCUUUUGAAGCUUAAGCAAAUGUAUGGUAAAGCAGACAUGAAUACGUUCCUGGACUUCACAUUUGAAGUUCCUAAAUUUGAAGUCAUCAAGAAGCGCCAGUCCUGA